GGAGCCCGGGAUUCGAACCCAUGACCUCGGACUCCCGAGCCCGGGCUCUCUGCGCUGAGCCGCGCUGCUUCUGCUCUUAUCACCGCCAGCUCUCCCCGCCUCUUAAUAAUGUUGGUACUUGUUAAGCGCUUACCGUGUGCAGGAGCCGGCGGUCUGGCGUCUGACAGCGGAACCCGUUGAGUUCGGCGCGCUGCAUCGGGUUAGCUCUGGAAAGUGCAGAAGAAAAGCGACGAGGGACCUAUUUAUUUUGUGCCUGUCAGCAGGUGUGCGGAGAAGAAUUCCCGAGCCAUGGCUGUGGAGGACCUUCACACCGUAAUUAAAAGAUGUCAAAUCCUGGAAGAGCCCGACUUCAGAGGAGAAGAUUUCAGCCUCUUCCAGUCGGCCAGCCAGAAGUGCUUAGAAGAAGGACACGUGGUCCAGAUAUUAGACGUAAUUCAAAAUGAAAAGAACAAGGUUAUCGUCAGAUGCAUGGGCUGGAAUCUCGUCGGUCCCGUCGUGAGAUGUACUCUGUGUUACGGAGAGGAAGAUCGGAAAAGAGGAGAGUGCUUGAAAAUACUGGAUCUGCUGGUACAGAUUUGCAAUCCCAAGGAGCUCCUUUUGGGUUUGCUCGAGCUCGUCGAGGAACCCUCCGCGAAUCAGAUAUCCCAGACUAUUCUUCUUUUACUUCAGCCGCUUCAGACAGUGAUUCUGAAACUUCCCAGAAGGAAGGCGUCUUCGGUGGGCUUGGCUUUGUCCACCCUCUGGAAUCAGCUCCGUCUUCUCCCCGUUCCUUACGCAAAAGAACAAAUUCGGGAAGAUCGGCACGGCUUCUGCCGGUGUUGUCUGGCCUUAGCGAACUUCAGCCGGCCGUUUGUGGCCCAGGUUGCGAAAAAUAGAGAGCGCCCACCGGAGAGUGAUAGUGAAGAAUUAAAGUCAGAAUUGCUAAAAUUUUGUUUCAAAAGCCUGAAAUACCCUUUGCUGACAGUCCGCUUCAGAGAGGCCGAAGAAUCGGAAGACGAUCCCCUCGGGUGUUUUGCGUCAGAGAUCGUAGGCUUUUUAUUAGCGGUCGGAGACUCUCUCCCGAAAGUGUUUUUUCAGUAUGGGAAGAGAACUCGAAAUUGGGAUCAUCAGGACUUUGAGGAGGAGGAAGAUAAGCAGUUGGCAGACUCCAUGGCGUCACUCUCGUACCUGGUAUUCGUGCGCAGCCUCGGCCUCGAUCAGUUCCCGACGGUCUUAAGUCCAUUAUACCUUCUGCAAUACAAUAUGGCGCACGUCGAUGUCCUGUUGAAAAGGACCGAAGAAUCCGUGUCUUCGAAAGGAUUGGAUCUUUUGGAGUGCAGUCUGUUUCGGUUGGAAGACGGUAGUCUGCUUCACCGCUACUUGGAAAUCAAGAGUUUUCUCACCGUACCUCAGGACCUGGUGAAAGUUAUGACCCUCUGCCCCAUUGAGUCUCUGAGAAAAAAGAGUUUGAAGGUGCUCCAGCUGUAUAUAGACAAGUUGGAUUCAAGAGGCAAAUAUACGUUAUUUAGGUGUCUGCUGAAGACGAGUAACCACUCCGGUGUGGAAGGCUAUGUAAUUCAAAAUAUUAAAAAUCAAAUUGAUGUAUCAUUAAAGAGCGCACAGGACGAUAAGUGGUUCACAGGGCCCCAGUUGCUUUCGCUUCUCGAUUUGGUGCUUCUGCUUCCCGAAGGGGCUGAAACAGACCUUCUCCAAAACUCCGACAGAAUCAUGGCUUCAUUAAAUUUACUGAGGUACCUGGUUAUCAAGGAUAAUGCGAACAAUCGAACCGGAUUAUGGACGGAACUUAAGAAGAUUGAAGACAACUUCUUAAAGCCACUACAUACUGGACUUAAUAUGUCGAGGGCACACUAUGAAGCGGAAAUCAGGAGUAAAAAGGAAAACAGACAAGAAUCCCACAAGUCUAAAAAUCCUUGCACUUUAACAGUGGGUGGAGAGAAGAUCCCAAACAUGACUCCUGAAAUGCAACUUCAGGCUCUUCAUUCAGCUCUUUUCACAUUCGAUUUGAUAGAAAGUGUUCUAGCCCGAGUAGAAGAACUCACCGAAGCAAAAACGAAAUGCCCAGCGGAAGAAAAUGCUGGGGUGAAGUGAAGUUUCCAGAUCCCUAAAAUGACAGUGCUCAAUAAAAAGCAAGACAUCAGUGACCAUUAAAAUUCAGGCAUUCUAAAACUGUGUUUCUGUUACAGUGCUGCUAGAAAAUAAAUGCUGCUUUUUUCAUGUGCCU